CGGGAAGAUUUUCUGGAGCUCCGUUGUUCGAGGCAGCUUCAAGUCAACUCCGUUCGCCGCCAUGAAGCUCGCUAACACAUCGACAUUACUCAAUGCCUUCCAGGGUUUGAGGCUGUGUGCCUCUUCGCCUCUGCGACAACCUCAUAUCCCUCUUCGGCAGUCUUUGAAGACCCUUGAUGCGAUUCGACAACCUCAAAAUGUUCGAGCCUUUUCAACGACUCCAUCAAUGUUAGGCAACUGGCUUGAGCCAAACCUGAACCGAAAGAAGAAGAUGGCAAAGGGACGACCUCGUGUGGCUACGGGUGGCUCGACCAAGGGUACGACAGUGAUUUGGGGCGACUAUGGUCUACGAAUGACGGAUCACCACCGAAGAAUCAGCGCCAAGCAAUUGAAGAUGGCCGAGGACACCAUUAAAGUGCGACUUCGAGGUCAAAAAUACCGAUUGUAUAAGCGAAAAAACUGUAACGUCGGUGUAUAUGUCAGCGGUAACGAUAUGCGUAUGGGUAAGGGUAAAGGUUCAUUCGACCACUGGGCAACCCGAAUGGCUGUUAGCCAGAUUCUUUUCGAAAUCCGAGGACGACUUCACGAGCAAGUUGUGAGAGAUGCUUUUCGCUUGGCCGGUAACAAGCUGCCUGGUCAGUGGGAAUUCGUUAAGAAGGGAGAGCCUCCCAUGGUUGGAAUUACCAAGUUGGACGGCGUGACUCUAGAAGAGUUGAAAAGACCUCGACGACACAUUGCUCCCGUUGAACUACUGGAGGCUUCCUCGCCUACAACUGAGACUCUGGUCGGGAGCACUUCUGAAGCUUCCCGCAACCCCUAGAGAUUUGGGCUGAUGAGACAAUGUCAUGUACAUAUAGAGGUGUAGAUCUGUUGUUGUAACUUGUAUGAAUACCAAAUUCUAGAUCUACUAAUUCUGGAAAUAAAUAAAAUGAGAUCUAUGUUCAAUAUCCGUA